AUGACUUGCGAAAUUUCUUUAAAAACUUUAACCCGAUAUUUAACUCCUGAAUAUUUGGCUCUCACGACAUUGAUGAGAUGUAAUGACACGGCGUUUUUAUUAGGUCGUCACAUUACAGAUAUUGAAAUAGAUGUAAAAUGUAGAUCCUUGUCUGUCCGUCCGCAGCUUUGGCUCCUGUACAUAUUUUUAUCAACCCGCGCUACCACUGCAGAUUUUAGUUAA